CCCUUGCUUGUAGGUUCCACGGGCUUGGGACGGAGGUCAUUGGGUCGAUGGGUGUGAACCCAGCACGGCGGCGUAAUAACGUGCCUGGCCAAGACGCGUGGAUAAGGUGGGUGGAUGCAUAUAAAUUGCCUGGGAAUGCCUGCGCGGGCUUGAGGGCGUUUGCAAUCAGCAUCUUGACGUUUACCCUCAGCGCUGUUACAAGAUGGCAGAACUCCCGGCUCCAACGCCUAUAACUGAAUGGCCAGACUAUAAUGUCAUGCCGACUGGCGGAGACGUCAUGACGCAAGAUCUCAAUGCGCUGUAUGACAAAGGUGAUCUCUGCUGGCUGCUCGUCAGCACCGUGCUCUGCUGGCAAAUCACCCCUGCAAUCGGCUUUCUCUACGCCGGCAUGCACCGCCGCAAAGCCGCCAUGACCAUGAUCUUCCAGUCGCUGUUCUGCGCCUGCGCCGUCGGCAUCCAGUUCUGGGUCUACGGCUACUCGCUGUACCAGUCGCACACGACGAACCCGUUUCUGGGCAACAUGUCGAAGGCGGGUUUGCACAACGUGCUCGCAUAUCCGUCGCUGGCGAAUCCGGAUAUCCCUGAUAUCCUGUAUGCGUGCUUUGGCUUCACGUUUGUGACGGCCACUGCAAUGAUCCUGGCGGGGGCGAUGCUCGAGCGCGGGAGGCUGUGGCCCUCGAUGCUGUUCCUGCUGUGCUGGACUACGUUCGUGUACUACGUGCUGGCGCACGCCGAGUGGAAUCCCGCCGGGUGGCUGUAUCAGCUCGGCGUAUACGACUUCGCGGGCAGCGGGCCGGUGCACAUUGCGUCUGGCUUCUCGGCGCUCGCGUGGGCGGUCAUGCUGGGGCCGCGUGUGGAUCCGCACAAGGAGUCGCACCACCCGAAGAUCCCGCACUUCAAGCCGCACAACCCGUUUCUCGUGGGCCUUGGAACGAUCCUGAUUUGGUUCGGCUGGUACGCUUUUAAUGGUGCCUCUACCGCCAACCUUUCCAUCCGCUCCAUCUACGUAGUCUGCAACACCAACCUGGCUGCCUGCGGCGGCGGCCUCGCCUGGGUGCUCCUGGAAUACGCCUUCAUCCGUAAAUUCUCCAUUCUCGGGUUCUGCUCCGGCAUCAUCUCCGGACUCGUGGGCAUCACGCCCGCUGCUGGCUUCGUUCCGAUCUACUUCGCCGCGCUGGUCGGCGCACUCACCGCCUGCGCCUCGUUCUUCACCGUGCGUUACAAGUACCUGCUGCGCGUCGACGAAGGGCUCGACAUCUUCGCGAUCCACGGCGUCGGCGGCUUCGUCGGCGACAUCCUCACCGGCUUCUUCGCGGCCUCGUAUGUGCCAGCGAUGGAUGGCGUGAAUAACGCAUAUGAAGGGGGAUGGUAUGAACAGAACUGGAAGCAGAUGGGGUACCAACUCGCGGCGGCGUGCACGUGCGCGGCGUGGUCAUUCGUGGUGUCCAUCAUCCUCCUCUUUGUCAUCAAUAAGAUCCCUGGGUGCCAUAUUCGCGCAACACAGGACGACGAGCUCAGAGGCUUGGAUUAUAAGUACUUCGACGACGUGGACGCCGAGGACGGCAUGAUGGUACUGAAUGGCUUCGGCGCCGUAUCCGGGGUGCCGAGUCCGCGCGCACACGGCAGUAAGGAGGGCGUCGUCGACGUGGUGCCUGGGAAACUGGACUGAGACGGAAGAGUUCAGCCGCAGCGAAAGCGCAGCGAAGGCGCAGCGACAGUCGAAGCGUACCUAUACCCCGAACAUAGAUCCCUAGCGAUAACACAUCCGAAUUCAAUCUCGUGUUUUCUACCCAAUAUGCACAACACCAAGAUUUCCCAUCGUAUCACCCAUAAGCAGCCACGCCACGGCUGCAUGUCCCGGCGUUCC